AUGUCUGUUGUCGGUAUUGAUUUUGGUGCGCAGAGCACCAAGAUUGGUGUUGCCCGGAACAAGGGCAUUGACAUCCUUACCUCCAUCGUUCUUUACAGUUCCCUGGUCGGAUUCAACUCCCGCAGCAGAGCUAUCGGUGAAGCUGCCAAGACACAAGAGACCUCCAACUUGAAGAACACCAUCGGCUCCCUGAAGCGCCUGAUCGGCCGAUCUUACGAUGACCCCGAUGUUGAGGUUGAGAAGCAGUUCAACUCAUCAAACAUUUGUGAAGUCAAUGGGUUGGCCGGUGUUGAGGUCAAUUACCUUGGCAAGAAGGAGAAGUUCACUGCGACACAGCUGGUUGCCAUGUACUUGACGAAGAUCAAGGACAUCGCCUCCAAGGAGCUCAAGCUUCCCGUCUCGGAUGUGACCGUCAGUGUUCCCGCCUGGUUCAGCGACGUCCAGCGCCGUGCCAUGAUCGACGCCGGUGAGAUUGCCGGUCUGAACGUGCUCCGCCUGGUCAACGACACCACCGCCACCGCUCUCGGGUACGGUAUCACCAAGUUGGACCUGCCCGGCCCCGAGGAGAAGCCCCGUCGGGUGGUCUUCGUCGACAUUGGUUACAGUGACUACACUGCCUCCGUCGUCGAGUUCCGCAAGGGCGAGCUGAACGUCAAGUCCACUGCCUGCGACCGUCACUUCGGUGGUCGUAACUUCGAUCAGGCCCUGACCGAGCGCUUCGCCGACGAGUUCAAGGAGAAGUUCAAGAUCGACAUCCGCACCAACCCCAAGGCCUGGUCCCGUACGCUGGCUGCCGCUGAGAAGCUCAAGAAGGUCCUCUCGGCUAACCCUCAGGCUCCUAUGAGCAUCGAGUCUCUUAUGGAGGACACCGAUGUUCGCGCCAUGGUCAAGCGUGAGGAGCUCGAGGAGAUGGUCAGCCCCCUUCUGAACCGUCUCACCGUGCCUCUGGAGCAGGCUCUCGCCGAGGCCAAGCUUACUGUCGAUGACAUCGACAGCAUUGAGAUGGUCGGUGGAUGCACCCGUGUCCCCGCCAUCAAGGAGACCAUCAGCAAGUUCUUCGGCAAGACUCUGUCCUUCACUCUGAACCAGGAUGAGGCUAUCGCUCGUGGCGCCGCUUUCUGCUGCGCCAUCCUCUCCCCCGUCUUCCGCGUUCGCGACUUUGCCGUUCACGACAUUGUCAACUACCCCAUCGAAUUCACCUGGGAGCAGUCCCCCGAAAUUCCCGACGAGGACACCAGCCUGACUGUCUUCAGCCGUGGCAAUGUCAUGCCCUCUACCAAGAUUCUCACCUUCUACCGCAAGCAGCCCUUCGACCUGGAGGCUCGCUACGCCCAGCCCGAGGCUCUGCCUGGCAAGGUCAACCCCUGGAUUGGCCGCUUCUCCGUCAAGGGUGUCCAGGCCGAUGCCAACGAUGAUUUCAUGAUCUGCAAGCUCAAGGCCCGCCUGAACCUGCACGGUGUUCUGAACGUCGAGUCUGGCUACUACGUCGAGGACAUGGAGGUCGAGGAGCCCGUCCCCGAAGAGGGUGACAAGAACGGCGAUGCCAUGGAUACCAACGGCGAGGAACAGCCGAAGAAGACCCGCAAGGUCAAGAAGCAGGUUCGCAAGGGUGACCUGCCCAUCGUCUCCGGCACCGGCGGUGUGGACCAGGCCACCAAGGAGGCCUGGACCGAGCGUGAGAACUCCAUGUAUAUGGAGGACAAGCUUGUUGCCGAGACCGACGAGAAGAAGAACGAGCUGGAGGCUUCCAUCUACGAGCUCCGCGACAAGAUUGAGGGCGUCUACUCCGAGUUCGCCAGUGACGAGGAGAAGGAGAAGCUCCGCUCCAAGCUGAUGGACGUUGAGGACUGGUUGUACGAGGAGGGUGACGACACCACCAAGUCCGUCUACGUCUCCAAGAUGGAGGAGAUCAACUUCAUCGCUGGUCCCAUCAUCCAGCGCUACAAGGAGAAGGUCGAGGAGGAGCGCAAUGCUGCCCUCAAGGCCGAGGAGGAGGCUGCUGCCAAGAAGCGUGCCGAACUCGAGGCCAUGAAGAAGGCCGCCGAGGAUCUCCGCAAGGCUGAGGAGGAGCACAAGAAGAAGCUCGCCGCCGAGGCUGGCGACGCCGAGAUGCAAGAUGCUCCCGCCGAGGGCGAGGCCACUCCUGCCAGCGAGGAGAAGCAGUAA